AUGGAGGAGGAUCACUCGGCGAUACUAGUCUCUGAAGGGCAUUUUGGGUACAUUGAGCUACCUGUACCCAUAUACCAUCCCUGCCAUGUCAGUGAACUGAGGCAACUAUUGAGCUUGAUAUGUCUGAAAUGCCUUCGAAUCAAGAAAGGGAAGGUGAAACAAAGUAAUGGAAAAGGAAAUGUGUCAGCAACAUUGUGCUCUUAUUGCCGGGAUAUUCCAGCUCUGUCUGUGAAGGAAGUCAAGACAGCAGAUGGUUGGAUUCGUUUAGAGUUGAGAGCACCUCAUAAGAGACACAUGACAGAACGUUCAUGGAACUUUCUUGAUAAAUAUGGAUUUCAUCAUGGUGGAUGUUCUCAAGUUAGGACACUGCUUCCAGAAGAGGCUCUGAAUAUAUUGAAGAAGGUUCCUGAUGAUACUAGGAGAAAGCUAGCUGCACGGGGAUACAUUGUUCAGACUGGGUAUGUGAUGAAGUACCUUCCAGUACCUCCGAACUGUCUAUAUAUUCCAGAGUUCACCGAUGGGCAGAGCAUCAUGUCAUAUGACAUUUCAAUAGCUUUGUUGAAGAAGGUUCUUCAGAAGAUAGAACAAAUUAAAAGAUCAAGAUCUGGUUCCCCAAACUUUGAAUCACAUGAUCUUGAAUCAUGCGAUUUGCAGCUUGCGAUUGGCCAGUACAUACGUCUAAGGGGCACUACAAGGGGCCCUCAAGACAACACCAAGCGGUUUACUGUUGGCAGUGCUGAUUCAGCUGCAUUGUCAACAAAACAGUGGUUAGAAAAGAUGCGGACGCUGUUUAUCAGCAAAGGGUCAGCAAUUCCAUCAUUCAACUUAAGUAUGGGGAAGAUGAUGAAGCUGAUUCUUCAAGUGCUGUACCUCCUGGAAAUUCUUCAGACAAGAACUUCCUAUAAAAAUGAUGUGAAAGAUAGGAAAGUUGUCCUGUUCCUGAGUGACUGCUCUUGUGCUAAGAAGUUCUGCAAGGAAAGGGCUGCACUUGCAGUACAGAGUUGUCUUAAGAGAGUCACACUUGGGGAUUGUGCUACUGAUAUCUGCAUUGAGCAUCAGAAGCAAAUAAAUUUAGAUGGAACAUCUGAAGCUGCCCCAACUCUUGUAGGUCAUAUUCAUCUGGACAAGCGGCUUUCAAUGACUGUAAAAAUGGUUAAUAAAGGAGUUCUCAAGGACCAUUUGAUACUUGUGGCAAACAGCAUGACGUGCACUGGAAGUUUGAUUGGGUUCAACAUUGCUGGCUACAAGGCAACUUUCCGUUCGUUAAAAGUUCAAGUGCCUUUCACCGAGUCCACUUUGUUUACCCCUAUGAAAUGCUUUGAGAAGGCUGCAGAAAAAUGCGAUUCUGAUUCAUUGGGAUGUGUGGUCUCAUCAUCCUCAUGGGGCAAGCAUGCAGCAGUUGGUACUGGCUCAUCUUUUCAAAUUCUCUGGAAUGAAAAUCAGCUGAAAAGCAACAAGGAGUAUGGUGAUGGGCUGUAUGAUUUCUUAGCGUUGGAUAAUUUCGAAGAGCAAAAUAUUCAGAAAGGCAGCUCAUGGGAAAAUGGCACAACAAUGAACUCAAGUUGGGAACAAAAUGCUAGUGCUGCGAAUGAUUCUGGUGACUGGGGAGGCUGGGGUAAUGGAGUUGGAGCUGCUGCAAAGCCAGCAGAUCAAGAUGGCUGGAGUAGUGGAGGUGGAGCGGCUGCAAAGCCAACAGAUCAAGAUAAUUCAUGGGAAGUGCAUGCUAAGGUGCAGGACAAUUCCACUGAUUGGGGAGGCUGGAGCACUGAGAAGCCAACAGGCGAGGCAACUGUAUCUGCACAACCAGCUGAAAUGGAUACUUGGGCUGAUAAGGGUGCUAAAAUGGAUUCAGAUGCAGGUGAUGAUAAUUGGGAGAAGUCCAGCACUCCUGAGGCAUCAAAUAAAAAUGACCCAUGGGGCAAAUCAGAAAAUACAUGGGACAAAAGAAAAGGAGAUGGAGGUGAUGGUGCCUGGGAGAAGAAGUCUGAUGAUGGCCAUGGCAAUUGGGAGCAUCCCAGCAACUGGAAUGGGCAGAGUUUGAAUGUAGAUCAGGACACGUGGGGAAAUGCCAGGGGCAAAAAGAAGGCAGAUGGUAACUGCCAAUGGGAGGAGCAGCCAAGCACUUACAAACGGAAGAAGACAAAUGCUGAUCAUGAUUCCUCCUAUAACAAUGUGAUGCCACCACCAGGCAAUGCUUGGAAUGCUGGAGAUGGAAUUGGAAGACCAAAUGCCAAGUCUAAUGCAGGAUCCAGUUGGGGUGAGAAAGAUAAGAUGGAGUCUGAUGAGCAUCUGAAAGUCCCAAAAGAAUCAGACACAUGGAAUACAGGGAAAUCAAAUGAAAGUCCAUGGGAUAACACUAAUGCACUACAGGAUUCCUGGGUUACCAGUGCAACUCGCAAUAACAACACUCAGGAUGGUUCAUGGGACAAAGUAGUAGCUAUAAAGGAUCCUGAUUCACAGCAAGAUUCAUGGAGUAAUGUGACAAUCCAGAAGAAUGAUGCACAGAAUGAUUCUUGGGACAAUGUAGCAGAUAAGGCCCCAAAUUUUGCCGCAGAAGACUCCUGGGGUAAUCUGGCUGCAACACCAGUGGGCAAUUCAGAUGCUAAGCAAUCAGAUUCUUGGGAUGGCUGGAAUGCUGUGCCUGCUGAGAACUCACAAGGUACUGUUCAAUGGAAAGAGACAACUGAUUCUGGUAACAAGGACUGGAAAGCAGAUGGUUGGGGUGCCAAAUCUGGUAACUGGAGCAGCCAAAGAAACAAUCCUGGGAGACCCCCAAGGAGACCGGAUGAGAGGGGUCCACCUCCACCAAGACAACGGUUUGAACUAACAAUAGAGGAGAAGAACAUUCUUCUAGAAGUUGAACCCAUAAUAUUCUGUGUGAGAAGGAUCUUCCGUGAAGCAUGUGAUGGUGUGAGGCUCAAGCCAGAAGACGAAAAGUUUAUCCAGGAGAGAGUUCUCGAGCACCACCCGGAAAAGCAAUCCAAGGUGUCUGGUGAAAUCGACCAUAUAAUGGUCAACAAGCAUCAUACUUUCCAGGACACUCGGUGCUUUUUCGUGGUCUCCACAGAUGGAUCCCAAGCAGAUUUCUCCUACUUGAAGUGCCUGGAGAAUUUUGUGAGGAAGAACUACACGGAGGAUGUCGACUCAUUCUGCAUGAAAUACUUAAGGCCACGUCGCAGGCAAGCACCACCACCUGAUGUUGGGACAGCACCAGGCGCUCUGACUGAGGUUACACUGUCUACCGCAGCUGAGACCGAGCAAGGCACUCCAGCCCCUCCAGCAGAGGUUCCACAAGAGACUCUGGGUUCUCCUGCAGUGGCUCAGGAAGGAUCUCACAAUCCCAGGACAGAACCAACCGACGAUACUGAGCUUCUAGGAAAGGAGCCCGAUCUGACUCCAGCUUCUCCAGCUGCAGCACCACAAGAGGCUCCUGAGCCAGACCCAACCGACGAUACCGGGCUUCUAGGAAAGGAAGCCAAGCCUGAUCUGACUCCAUCUUCUCCAGGUGAGGCUAUGCAAGUGACUGCGGACCCAGACUCAACGUGGACUGAUAUUUAG